AUGAUCCUUUUGAACCUUGUCCUUCGUAUCUGGGUUAUGGCAUUUCAGUCUCUUCAGAUCAACUAUAUAUACUCCGCUCAUUUAACUACCUCACAACCAAAGAUGGCACCCUCCAAAUUCAUCGAAAUCCUAGACAACACAACCAACCCCAUCGCCCAACAACACCAAAUGUCCGACUCGGACGUCAAACUCGAAGACGUCCUCGCAGAUCAAGAAGCUACCAUCCAACAACACCAAAGAUCUCGCUCCUCAACACAGUCAUCAUCAUCACGGAAGAGUCAUGAAUAUACCAAUACCAGCAGCAACCACAACAACAACAGCAACAACCCGCGGCUGUCGAUGAGUCGUGAUGCGGUAGUAGUUGAUUCGCAGAGCUCUUCCUCAUCAGCCUCAUCGUCACCAUCAUCAUCAUCGACAACAUCGCCGGCGCCGAAGGUGAAGAGGCUGAGGAGGUUUACGUUAACCGGCGGUUUUGGACGGUAA